AUGUUCAAAGUUUUAGCAGCAUCAACACUCAUUUCUAGCGCCUUAGCUCAUGGUGUUAUUUCUUACAUAGAUGUAGCACAGGGCUUUACUGGACCUCAACCACAGGAGUCUGCAGACAGUCCAAUCUGGACUGCAGGUAUCGACCCCGUCACUGAUGCAUACUCACCAGACAUGUUUUGUGGGCCUGACUCACAUACAAACAAUCAAAUGGCUUCAAUUGGUGCUGGAUCCGCCAUGACUAUCUACUGGGAAGAAACACAAGGUACUAAUUGGCCACACAACACUGGUCCAAUCAUUACUUACCUUGCUGCAUGUAACGGUGAUUGUGCAAACAUGGACGCAGGUUCUGCUCAAUGGUUCAAGAUUGACCAACAAGCUUUCUCCAAUGGUCAAUGGGUUCAAGCUACUCUUUUGAAUGGUGCUGGUUACCAAGUUACUAUUCCAUCUGACUUAGCUGCUGGAAACUAUCUCAUGAGAACUGAAAUCAUCGCUUUACACAACAGCUACCCAGAGUUCUACCCAAGAUGCUCUUCAUGGACCAUCACAGGUGGUGGUUCCAACUCAUAUAGCUCAGAAGCAACUGGUAGCUUCCCUGGUUCAUACAGCCCAUCAGAUGCAGGAUUGAGUCAAUCUGGUAGCGGUAUCUACAACGUUCAAUCCACCUCAGAUUAUUCUUUCCCAGGACCAGAGCUUAUCACAGUUGGACAAGGUGGUUCAGAUAGUAACAACAGUGCUCAGCCAGCCAACAACGUUAAUGCUCAAGUCUCUGACCAAGCUGACUCUGAUGAAAGAUCAUCAAAUGAUAAUGACAACACUGAUGAUAACGACAACAACGAUGACAGUGACAACGGUGACAGCUACGCUUAUAGCUCUCAAGAAGAAGACACUCAAUCUUCUUCAUCUACAGAGGAUGCUACAGCCGCAGCUCAACCAACAGAGAGUGCAAAUGAUCAAGAACAGGAAACCACUUCUGAAGCUCCUGCACCUACAUCAACUAGCGAAAGCUCUUCUGUAUCACCUGCACCAACAUCAACCAGCUCAACUGAGUCAGCUCCUACUACUAGUUGCUCAUCAACCCAGUACGCUAAUGAAGAUGAAUGUGAAUCAAAGUGGACCGAAUGUAACAACAACUACGUCCCUGGUGAAGAGUACACUUGCCAAACUGAAUUUUCACAAUGUCGCGGUCAAUCAGUCCAAAGAAGAUUGUUAUCAAACCAAAAGAUGAUGAUCAAGAGGGUAAAAAGAUCAGAACAUUUAAAGCGUCAUUUUAGACACUAA